AUGAGCCAACAUACUUUGGGUGACCUCUGCCAACAGCCCACGCUUACAGCUUCCUCUGAACAAUACGCACAGCUCGCUCACGAUGCAACCAGUCAACUCCAUGAACCCGUUCAAUCGAUCUUGUCAGCCUUGAAUCUACGUGCAUUGGCAUUGACCAAGGUUGCCAACUUUGAUGGUGCACUUCGCGAUGCCAACGUUAUGCUCCAACUCUCGUCAUCUUCAGCUCUUGGGUAUUUACGCAAAGCCGAAGUUUACAGUGAACAAGGAAAGCAGCGACGUGUUAUGGUUAUAUGCUCCAAAGGACUCGAUAAGGUUGACAACAAGGAUACGCACUAUGCAACACUGAAGCAAGUCAGAAGGGAUGCUUUCAAACGCCUUAGAAAACGCAUUGACUUUAUGAGACAACUACCAGUCGACAUUGUGCUUUCGACGCUCAUUCCUAUGAUCAUGAAGGAUAACCUUGUGGAGCGUGUAUGUCCAUAUUUGAAAGUAUCCAAGCUAUGGAGCGACCUCAUUCUUCAAUGCUUCAAAGGAUUACGUUUCAAGUUGUACGAAGGUGGCGAUCUAUCCCAGGUCAUUCAGUACUCUCAGCAUGCCACGUUAUUGCACAUGUUAUCGAAUUCCAAAGGAAAACGGCUAGGUGACUUGAUUGGUGGUAACGACUUUUCAUCGUUAGAGAGGCUAGUCAUUGAAAACUUCAGGACCGAAUACGUUGAACACUUUCUUCAAGCAUUGAAAUCGGUCAGCAACACUUUGGCGUACUUGGAAGUGCAAUUCGACAUUGAGAGUGACACCGAGAUGUGGGUGGAAGAGAUGAUGUUGGCCUGCCCAAAUCUGGUUACGCUGCGUCUUUAUGAUCCACCUCCUAUUGAGCACGGCCCUGGUCCAUUACGAACAUGGCCCACAUUGACGACAUUAUCCGUUCACAAUGAAGAAGGGAAUAACAUCACGUAUGAGGAUAUUAUUGCGAUUUUUGAGCGAUUCCCAGGGUUGAAGGAACUCGACAUUUAUCCAUGCGAGGAUGUUUGGACAGCGACUACGGUUUCUGAAUACGUUCCAUUGCUCAAUCGCCUUCGCAUUACCUUGUUUGGUCCACGUAUCCAUCUAUACUAUCAGCAUGAAGAGCACCCGAAUGAAGAGCUUGGAUUAAAGUCGCUUUUGGUGGAAACAGGAAUGGAUGUAUGGGAUGAAGAAGUUGCUGAGGAUAUCCGUUCGAUCAUCAAAAAGUACCACAACACGCUUGAACACCUUGAAUGGAAAAUGGAUAGUAGCCUGGAUAGCGAGUCAAUUGAACACCUUCAGUACCCUCGUCUCAAGAAACUUUGUAUCUCUUCAUCUGGAUGGCAGAUCCCACGCAAUGCACCCUUGCUUGAAGAAUUGGAAUUGACAACGAGUGCCAUCAUCAAACACUCUUCAGUACUUGAUAUGAUCCCACCACGUUUCAAAAGGCUCGAAUUGAAUCUUUUGCGCACACAUCGACAAUUGAGGAUGUCAUUGAUCCAACGCUACUUUGAUCGCAUUGCUCGAGCGGUCCAGCUGAAAGAACUUGUGAUGCUUUUCAACUCUGAGCAUCUGAUCAAAAACAGGCUUGAUGUUGUAUAUCGUCUUGCACACCUUGAGUACCUAAGGAUCCAACAUUUGACGAAUUAUGGGGAGGAAGAAAUCGACAGCUUUUUGGAUGGCCUUGUCAAAGCGUGUCCUCGGUUAACUUCCCUUGAUCUAGAAUUGAAAAGCCCGCCAGCGACCUCUUCAGUGAACAUCUUGAAACGACUUGAACGUUUUGAGCAGUUUAAAUUCUGCAUCCAGAAUCUCCAUCAUGAUGACGCUACCUUUUGGCAUGCCAUUUGCACGUUUACCCAGCUCAAGCGUAUUACGAUCUAUCCUGAGAAAUGCGUCAUCGACAACCAUGUAAAACAUGUACGACGACAAAGACCUGACCUGAAGAUCAUCAUUGGUGAAUACCCUAUCGGAUACUGA